AUGUCCUCUCUGGAAGAAAUGGAUGAGAAGGGAUACGGAAAGCUCCUCGAUACCUACGGAAACGAAUUCGAGCUGCCGGACUUCACCGUCAACGAUAUUCGAAAUGCCAUUCCAAAGCAUUGUUUCGAGCGAUCUGGUUUGAGGGGGUUGGGCUACGUGGCUCGGGAUAUCGCCAGUCUUGCAACCACAUUCUUCCUCUUUAACAAAUUCGUCACCCCCGAAACCAUUCCGUCCACACCAAUUCGCGCUGCGCUGUGGGGACUCUACACCAUCAUUCAAGGUCUGUUCGGAACCGGUCUCUGGGUUCUCGCCCACGAGUGCGGUCACCAAUCUUUCUCUCCCUCCAAGAUUCUCAACGACACGACCGGGUGGAUCUGUCACUCGGCACUUCUUGUCCCAUAUUUCUCGUGGAAGAUCUCCCAUGGCAAGCAUCACAAGGCCACAGGACACAUGGAGCGUGACAUGGUCUUCGUUCCCAAGACUCGUGAGGUAUACGCCAGCCGUAUCGGAAAACUGAUCCACGAAAUUGACGAGUUAACCGAAGAGACCCCUAUUGCCACCUUGAUCCACUCCGUCGGACAACAACUCUUAGGCUGGCCAUUGUACCUCUUUGGCAAUGUCACUGGUCACAACGAACACGAGCGUCAGCAUGAGGGUCGCGGAAAGGGCAAGGUCAACGGAUUCUUCACUGGUGUCAACCAUUUCAACCCAAGCAGUCCCCUGUACGAGGCCAAGGACGCCAAACUCAUUCUCCUCAGCGAUCUCGGCCUUGCUAUCGCUAUCAGCGUUCUAGUCACGCUCUGCAGAACCUACGGUUUCUCCAACAUGGCCGUCUGGUAUUUCGCCCCUUACCUCUGGGUGAACCACUGGCUCGUUGCCAUCACCUAUCUCCAACACACUGACCCCACGCUUCCCCACUACACCCCUGAAAGCUGGAACUAUGUUCGUGGAGCGGCUGCAACAAUCGAUCGUGAAUUUGGUUUCAUCGGCCGCACUCUCCUCCACGGUAUCAUUGAGACCCAUGUCCUCCACCACUACGUUAGCACCAUCCCGUUCUACCACGCGGAUGAGGCGAGCGAAGCAAUCAAGCCAGUCAUGGGUCGGCACUAUCGCGCUGACGUUAAGGGUGGCUCCCUCGGAUUCUUGAAGAGUAUGUGGACGAGCGCCCGGUGGUGCCAAUGGGUCGAGCCAUCAGAGGGUGCCAUAGGAGAAGGAAAGGGGGUCUUGUUUUUCAGGAACCGAAAUGGCCUUGGUACCAAGCCGCUCAAGUUGAAGGAGGUGAAGCCCGCAGCUGGCAGCGCCAAGAUGGCCAUGGUUGUCGGUGCCGACGACUGA